AGUUUCACCUGGCGACGAUGACGUCACGACGCCUUCAGGGGAGGCAACGCGGUGGAACACACGAGCGGUUUUGAUGAAUUGCUUCGAUGUGGACGUUUUUACAGGUUUAAAACAGGUUAAAUAAGCGAUUCGAAAGGCUCGACGACUGCUUUUGGUCCUGUGCUCGUCCACAAUGUCUCUCUCGGCCGUGUUUGUGUUGGACCUGAAGGGGAAGGUGUUGAUAUGUCGCAACUACAAGGGCGACGUCGACAUGGCGGAAAUUGAGCGUUUCAUGCCUCUGCUCAUGCAACACGACGACGAGGGCCUGACGUGUCCCGUGAUGGCGCACGGCAACGUUCACUUCAUGUGGAUCAAACACAGCAACCUCUACUUGGUGGCCACGACCAACAAGAACUCGAACGCCUCCCUCGUGUACUCCUUCCUCUACAAACUCGUCGAGGUGUUUACGGAGUAUUUUAAGGAGCUGGAGGAGGAGAGCAUUCAGGACAACUUCGUGGUCGUCUACGAACUCCUGGACGAGCUGAUGGACUUUGGAUUCCCUCAGACCACCGACAGCAAGAUCCUUCAGGAGUACAUCACGCAGGAGGGAGCCAAACUGGAGGUGGCAAAGUCCAAGGUGCCGACCACGGUCACCAACGCCGUUUCCUGGCGGUCCGAGGGCAUCAAAUACAAGAAGAAUGAAGUCUUCAUCGACGUCAUCGAGUCCGUCAAUGUGUUGGUGAAUGCGAACGGCAGCGUGAUGAGCAGCGACAUCGUGGGCAGCAUCAAACUGAAGACCAUGCUGUCGGGGAUGCCGGAACUGCGUCUCGGCCUCAACGACCGAGUGCUCUUCUCUCUUACCGGACGCGACAAGGGCAAGACGGUGGUGAUGGAAGACGUCAAGUUCCACCAGUGCGUACGUCUGUCCCGCUUCGAGAACAACCGCACCAUCUCCUUCAUUCCUCCGGACGGGGAAUCGGAGCUUAUGUCCUACCGCAUCAAUACUCAUGUGAAACCGCUGAUCUGGAUUGAAUCGAUCAUCGAGAAGUUCUCUCACAGCAGAGUGGAAAUCAUGGUGAAGGCAAAGGGCCAGUUUAAAAAACAAUCUGUGGCAAACAACGUGGAGGUGAGGGUUCCCGUCCCCAGUGACGCCGACUCGCCAAAGUUCAAAACCAGCACGGGCCACGCUAAAUAUGUGCCGGAGAAGAACCUGGUGGUGUGGACCAUCAAAUCUUUCCCGGGGGGCAAAGAGUUUCUAAUGAGGGCUCACUUCGGGCUGCCCAGUGUGGAGAAUGACGAGCUCGAGGGCAAACCCCCCAUCACGGUCAAAUUUGAAAUCCCGUACUUCACCGUGUCGGGAAUACAGGUGCGAUACAUGAAGAUCAUAGAAAAAAGCGGUUAUCAAGCGCUGCCGUGGGUCCGCUACAUUACGCAAAGUGGAGAUUACCAGCUACGGACCAAUAUGUAAGCCCUGACGAAGAAGAUCGCAAUUAAUCCAGCGAAGUCAUCAAGUGAGAGAGUGCCUUUUCAAUUUCACACGAACCAUUUUAAUUGUUGAAAUAUUUUUUUGGAAAGUGGCUUUUUAUUAUUGUGAAUGUUCAGAGUUUGUAAAAACUAAUAAAGCACAUUUAUUCGAAUGA